CGCGAUUGCUCCUUCCGUUGCACAAAAGAAGAAGAAGUUGUCAGUGUUUGGUUCCAGUUUCAAUAAUACUGUCCGACACAAUGAUUCAGACACAUCAACGUUUGUGGAUCAUUUUACCAUGUUUUAUUGCUGUAUUGGCCGUGACCAUUACAUGUGGUCCUGCAGGCUCAUUUUUGUUCCUGUGUCUUUGCUGUAUGGCUCUUUUGUGGAAGAUAAAGAUCAAGAAUCGCUCCAUAUCGAGUCUUUUAACUCAGUAUGUGGCUGUGAAAGUAGUGUGCUGGCUGGGGAAUCGCCAGAGAAACAGACUGGAGAAUGACACCCAGGACGUUCAUCGCGUUCAGGAGGAAACUCUGCUCAAGCGCCUGCGCAAACACUCCGACACAGUCUACGGCAAACUGUACGAUUUCGGAUCAGUUAAAGACACAGAAACAUUUCAACAGCGCCAUCCGGUCACAGAUUAUGACCAUUAUGAAAAGUUUGUGGAGCGUGUGGCUAAAGGAGAGCAGAAGGUUUUAAUAUCGGAGAAACCUCAUGUCCUGGCAAUGACAUCAGGAACGUCUGGAUCCAGUCGUAUGCUUCUGAGCACCAGAGACACCAACACGGAAUUCUUUCUACAGGGGGUGACUGUUUGUCUAGAUGCUAUGAGACAAGCCUUCCCAGCCACCAACUGUCUCCAGAAAACUCUGAAGCUCUUUUACUCGCCCCUUUUUCGUCAGAGUGAGGCAGGUAUUCCUAUUGGCCCCAACUCCUCAACCCCUGCCUCCUCUAGACACAUGCUGCAUCUGUACACCACACCAGCACCCGUCUAUCAGGUGCUGAAUGAGAGAGAUGCCUUGUAUCUGCAUCUGCUGUUUGGGCUGAAGGACCGCAAUCUCGGCAUGCUGGAAUCCAACUUCUGCUCUACCGUCUUUUAUGCCUUCAGAGCCCUGCAGGAACAUUGGAAAGAUCUUGUUGUGGAUGUGGAAGUGGGCAGGAUUAACUCCGGCCUGAACCUGAAGGCUGACGUGCGCUGUGCUCUGGAGAAGCUGAUGAAGCCGGAUCCAGAGAGGGCAUCUGAGCUCACAGCCCAGUUUGAGGAAGGCUUUGAGGGGAUCGCACUCAGACUAUGGCCACAGUUACACCUGGUCCUGGCAGUGGACUCAGGCUCCAACCAGAUUUAUGGGGAGAUGUUACGACAGCACUACUGUAAAAAUGUCCCGUUCUACUCCCCUUUCUACGCUGCCACUGAAGGUUUGAUAGGUGUGAACCUGUGGCCUCUGCAGGAGAGCAGACAGUAUCUCCUGUGUCCUCGCUCCAUGUUCCUUGAGUUUAUACCAGAGGAGGAUCUGGAUUUAGAGAAGCCCAAAACUCUCCUGAUAGAGCAGCUUCAGGAAGGACACAACUAUGAGCUGCUGGUCACCAAUGCCUCAGGAUUAUUCAGGUAUCGCAUUGGAGAUGUUGUGAAAGUAGUCGGGUUUCAUAACCAGUGUCCAAAAGUGGAGUUUCAGUAUAGGCGGGGUCAGAUGUUGAGCGUGCGUGGUGAGAAAGUGUCUGAAUGGCUGUUUUUGAGGGCUCUUAAGAGGACAGUGACGCAGUGGCCAGGAGCCAGACUCAUAGACUACAGCUGUGUUGAGAGUGGCAUUCUAGGCAGUGCAUCUGGAAUAGCUCAGCCACAUUAUCUUGUGUUUGUUGAGCUAAAGGGUGUGAGGAACCUCUCAGAGGAACAAAGAUACAAGUUAGACCACUGCCUACAGGAGGACUCUGACAUCUACAGAUCCUUCAGGAUGAAGGGCAGCAUCGGACCAAUGAGAGUUCAUCUCGUUCGCGACGGAACUUUCCAAGAACUGAAAGAUCGCAUGAUGGCCUUCUCUAGUGUUUCGUCCAACACCUUCAAAAUGCAGCGUGUGAUACGUAGGAGAGAGUUUGCUGAUUUUUUACUGCAGAGGGCUUUCUCAUGAGCAUUUCAAUUAUCGAUGAACGCUUUGAUGGAAAGCUGAGGUGGCAAUUUUGGCUGGUCUGAAUAGCUAAAACUGAAAAAUGCUUUGAAAAUGCGACAGGGGACAUUAGGUUAUACUUUUCAGGGAAUCGCCCUACCAAUGGAUUAUUUACAGUUGUUUCUCCUAUCCUAGUUGUAUAUGCAGAGACAACUGUAAAUAAUCCAUUGGUAGGGCGAUAUCCUGAAAAGUGUAACAAUGUGCCCCUGUUGCAUUUUCAAAGCAUUUUUCAGUUUUCCGUAUUCAGACCAGCCAAACACGGGAACAGGCUCAACCAGUGGCACAACUCGUCCAACCGAUGGAGGUCUCAAUGAUCAUUUGGGAAACUUGUUUGCAGAUCUGCUUGGGGCUGCGAAAGUGAUUGUUCUUGAUCCCAAUACUGCACAUUUUGAACGUGUCGCUUAUUUAGCACAUCAGAUUUCUGUCAUUACGAGGUUUUCCAGAAGGAGAUUCAUCAUUGAUCAACCGUUGGGCAAAAUGGCAUUUUUAUAUUAUAUUAUAUUAUAUUAUAUUAUAUUUAAAAAAUAGAAGUUUUAAUAAUUGGUUAUUGUUAUUAUAUGUUAAAAAUAUAUAAGAACAUAAAAUAUGCCUACAAGUAGACAUUUUGAUUUAUUCCAUACCACAGUCUUUCAAAUCCGUUCACUAAUUACCUUUUUUUUUUUUUUUUUUGUAUAUUUAUUGUUAUAUAUUUAUUUUAAUUUUCAUCCUUAAUUACAUUUAUCUUUUUUCGAAAUUAAUGUUUGGUUAUACUUUAUUUUAGUGUCCUUGUUACAAUGUAAUUAUACAUUUAAAGCUGCUGUCCAUAACUUUUUUUGUGUUCAAAAUUUAUAAAAAAUUAUAUAAUGAGAAUGUACAACAUGAAUCCAUUUUCCAAACGUGUUUUUGUCUUACCCUGAAUCAUUAUGGUACACUUAUAAUAAGUGUUUCUAUUCAGACUAUUUUAGACAAGUCUGGUAGGAACUGCUGCAGCGGAGUAUCACAGUAACUGCGUGAACUGUCAUAGACAUAAAAGGAGAGGAGUAACUCCGGCUACAAUGUUCUUCCGCUAGAUGCAUGCAGUUCUAUUUAUUAACCGCUAGAGUGUCAAAAGUGACGGACUGCAGCUUUAAGUACUGAGUAAUAUUGAUUAAUGUUAUUACUACAGUAAAUGCAUGUAACAUUUUAUAACGCGGACAUUGUAAAAUAGUGUUACCUAAUGUUCUGUAUUAUUGUAAGAGUUCUACCACAGAAUUUCAGGAGACAUUCAUAGAGCCAUCAAAAAUAUUGUUUUAUCUACUGCAACAUUCAUGCACUGGAAAUGUUUUCCUUUAGGUUUGAUGUAAUGAAAUCUGAACUGAGAUUGUGUGCGACCCUUGUAAUUAUAAAAUGGUUCAUUUAUCUAAUAGUUGAUAUAACCAUAAUUGUUUUGUAAAAACUUUAAAUGCCUGACAAUCAUGCUAGUAAAGCUUUGACUCUAUGGCUGCGUCCGAAAACUGAAAAAUGCUGCCUCCGCAGGCAGGAUAAGGAGGUACUGUAGGAAGGUAACAAGGCACGUCCAAAUCCAAAGAUCGUGCCACAUCCUGUCUCCUGAGACACCUUCAUCUGAUGGAUUUUUGAAGGCAGCAUGGAUGUAUCCUUCGCUGCCUUUAAUAUCCCACAAUCCUGCGCGUUCCAUUCCCUGAUUGUUGAGCUAAAAUAUAAAGAUGGCAUCUGAGAUUUGAGGUUGGUGGACAGUUUGUGUGUAAGUGUACAUUUUGACCAACUUUUCCCACUUUUGAUGACAUUUCUAGAGAGAAGUUAGUAUUGUAGUAAUUAAACAUUCAAUUUGUUGUCACCAAAGCGCUCUCUGUUUUGUUAUCUGUCAUUAAAUCGUCACGCUGCCUCAGAACGAAGUCUGUCCAAAAUCAGUUUAGUGAGGUACCUUCGUGCGCAGACGCUGCCUGCAUUGAGGCAACAAGUCAGCUGCCUAGGUUUUCGGACGCAACAGUUAUUACAUUAAAAGUUUAUAUAGGCUAUUAUAAAUGUACUAAAUUGCAACUUCAUCAUCACAAAUGUGUAAUUACAAACAUAUUUAAAAGAAUACAAGUUUCAAUAAAAAUUAAAUUAAAGUGUA